GGCUGGAGACUACCUUUAGGCCCAUUGAUGUGUUACUGCGCAUGAGCUUAACUAGCCAACGUCGCCAUGACAUCGCCUGCAAGCGUUAUCCGGGAUUUCCGCUUCUGCCUAUCUUUAUAGUGUACUGUCUUUGGUGCAAUGAUCUAUCAAAUAGUCAAUGUAAUCCGGUUUCCGCCCUUUUCUUUCCUCUUCCUCCUCCGAAAGGUUCGUCAACAUGUCGUCUCAUCUGCAGUGGAUGGUCAUUAGGAACUGCUCCAGCUUCCUCAUCAAGAGGAACGGACAGACCUACAGUACCGAGCCCAACAACCUGAAGUCCAAGAACUCUUUCCGUUUCAACGGCCUAGUGCACAGAAAGACUGUUGGUGUUCAGCCUGCAGCUGAUGGCAAGGGUGUGGUUGUCGUGCUGAAGAAGCGCGCAGGCCAGCGCAAGCCUGCCACUUCAUAUGAGAAGAUCACCAUCAACAAGAACUCCCGCGCCACUCUGAGCAGCCUGAGGCACAUCAUCCGCAAGAACAACUACAGGAAGGACCUGCGCAUGGCUGCGCUGCGUCGUGCCAGUGCCAUCCUGAUGAGCCAGAAGCCUGUGGUGGUAAAGAAAAGGCGUUCCAAGGCUGCCAAAACCGCAUAAAUAGUUGCAAAAUUACGACAAAUAAAUAAAUAAAAAAUAUUGUUGAAAAACA